AUGAUAUCCAAACGACUAUUACACUUGGCGCAACUUAGCGCAGUAGGAUUUACGGGUUAUUUAAUUGGACAGCAAGAUAAUUCUAAUAGAGAUGAUUCCGUGGUAGUUAAUGGGAAAAAACUAUCUAGUUUACCAGCUUUGCCAAUAUUUGGCACUGUGUCUGCUGCGACGCCUUAUGCCGAAGGGGGGAAAUCUAAAGAUAGAGUUACAGAAAUAAUGAAAUAUGGUUUUCCAGGCUUAGACAAUGUUCGAUCCUAUGAUGAUUUUGUUUUGUCCUAUGACAGAAGAACACGGGUCCCCCAUUGGGUUUUUGAGCAUAUAACAAAGGAGCAUAUAUCUAAGAAUGAUGCAGUGGACCGAAGUAAAUGUGAUUUUAAACCAGAUGAAAGCAUUCAUCCUUUCUUCAGAUCACAAAACGCAGAUUACAAGGGAUCUGGUUUUGAUAGAGGUCAUAUGGCAGCAGCUGGUAACCACCGCUUAGCUCAACAACAUGUUGACCAGACUUUUUACCUUACCAACAUGGCUCCACAGGUCGGCCAAGGUUUUAAUCGGGAUUCUUGGAACAGGCUCGAGAAACAUGUUAGAAAGUUGACAAAAGUAUAUAACAAUGUAUACUGCUGUACAGGACCUUUGUAUUUGCCAAGAAAGGAAGCCGAUGGCAAGUCAUAUGUUAAAUACCAAGUGAUCGGAGCAAAUACUGUAGCCGUACCAACUCAUUUUUACAAAGUAGUUGUCUGUGAGGCUGGAGACGGAAGCUUGCAUAUGGAGUCCUAUGUUAUGCCAAACCAGCGAUUGCCAGAUGAAACUCCUGUGUCUUCUUAUAUGGUACCACCUGAAACAAUUGAAAAGGCAGCUGGGCUCCUCUUCUUUGACAAGAUACACCGAAGCAAGUUGACUACAAUUAAUGGGAAGAAAGUUUAG